AUGAAAAGGAAUGCUUGGGGGGAAAUUGAAAUGCCACCUGGCAUGCCAAACAACUAUGGCGGUGCUUCCAUUGGGCAGUCACAGGGACGCCUGCAUGUUUGGGAACAGAAUCAAGAUGGUUGCCAACUCUCUAUUUGGGUUCUUGAGAAUUAUGAUAGUGGACAGUGGACCCUAAAGUGUACCAUUAACUGCUUUGAACUGUUUGGAAGGGAUUGUUGCAAAAACGAUGAGUACUACUCGAUGUUUGCAAUUCAUCCAGAAUGUGAUUUGAUUUUCCUUACUGACAAUAAGAAGGCAUUGUCAUAUGAUAUGGAUAAUCAGGAAGUGCAUGCUAUCUGUGCCACUGGAGAUUUCUUGGAAGGUCUACCUUACACUCCGUCUUUUGCGGAAUGGACAUCAGAUGGUCACUAA